CACCCAGGAGCUUUGGGAGGAAAUGCUCAGUUCCAAAGGACUAACCGUUGUCGAUGUCUAUCAAGGCUGGUGUGGCCCCUGCAAGCCUGUGGUGAGCCUCUUCCAGAAGAUGAGGAUGGAGCUUGGCCUGGACCUCCUGCAUUUCGCAUCAGCAGAAGCAGACUGUCUUGAAGUCCUCGAGAGAUACCGAGGGAGGUGUGAGCCAACCUUCCUGUUUUAUGCAGGAGGAGAGCUGGUGGCCGUGGUCAGAGGCGCCAACGCCCCGCUGCUGCAGAAAACCAUCCGCGACCAGCUGCAGGCCGAGGAGAAGGUGCUGGCUGGAGGCGGAGGCCGAACCGUGGUCAAAGACGAAGCCCUGUCUGACGAAGAUGCGGGCUCUGCCCACGGGAAGGACAGCGGCGGAGAGGAGGACCUGGUUUCAUCAGAAAAGACCUGCACCCUGGCGAUCAUUAAACCAGAGGCCGUGGCCCAUGGAAAAACGGAGGAGAUCGUCAUGAAGAUCCAGGAGGCUGGGUUUGACAUCCUAGCAAAUGAAGAGAGAACCCUGACAGAGGCGGAAAUGCGGCUUUUCUACCAACGCAGAGCUGGAGAGGAGGCCUUUGAGAAGCUGGUGCAUCACAUGUGCAGCGGACCGAGCCACCUCCUGAUCCUCGCCAGCACUGAGGACGCCGAGGACGUGGUCACUGCCUGGCGGACCCUGAUGGGGCCCUGUGACCCUGGUGUGGCCAGGAGAGAGCAGCCUGAGAGUCUCCGUGCUCAGUACGGCACAGAAAUGCCCCUCAACGCCGUCCAUGGCAGCCAGGACAGAGAAGCCGCGGACAGAGAACUGGCCCUGCUCUUCCCCCGCUCCAAGUUCGCAAACGAACAUCCAGGAGCCCCUCAGGGCAGCCAGGCUGAAGGCACGGCAGUCCCCGAGGCGUGUGGCUUCCCCGAGGACGCAGACUGAGGGCCGCGCGGGACAGAGCACGGAGUCUGCCGCACAGGCGGGCUCAGGCCGGGACCUGCUCUGCCCAGGACCGGCCCCUUUCUGACCUC